UCGAAUUGUAGCCCUGAUGGAGAGAGAGAAGCUUGAUCAACACAUGUUCUGUUCACGAGUUCAGUUCAUUUUGUCAGUCAAGUGCUGAUUUCUGUCUCUUCUGUGGUGCUGAGGUGCUGAGUGGGCCAGGGCGUCAGCAGGCAGUCCCCAGCAGGCCAGUGGAGGGCUGGGUGCACAAUGUUCACCCCAGGAGCUGAGCGUGGGGGUGUUGGGGCGCCCACUCCCCCGCCCACCACCCCUGCCAGUUACUCCUCUGCCAGUGCCAGGGUAGCAGCCGCUCGGAGACGCAGUGGCCUCUUCACCUCAGGGGCAAGGCAGUCCCCCUUCGCCACUCCAGGUCGGUCCACACCCUUGAAUCGCUCCCUGCAAACGUCACAGCUGCUGGAGUCGGCCGGCCAGUACACCAUGGAGUUCUACGGCUCGUCGCUGCCCACACUGGUCAAGGAAGCACUUACUUUUGCUGACCGCAAUGUGGAGAUGUCUGCGGUGCUCUCGGAGGAGGGGUGGGCAUGGCUGGUGUGUGGGCGGCGGCUGCUGGUGUGGAAGUACAGGCCGGAGGAGAGUCGGUCGCGCCUCGUCAACCACCAAUUCCGUGAGCUGACCCUCCCACCUUCUGACUGCCACCGUGCACAGCUGGUGGUGGUGUAUACUCCAGCUGAGGGACAGGUGCCAUCGUGCAUUGCUGCUUCCCCCGAGGGCUUUGUGAGGUACUGGGGCACCAUCACCCACGAGGCAUCUUACUGUGAGGUCAGCACGGAGCUCCAGGGACAAGAGUGUGAAAGCUUGGUCUCCCUUGGUGCUGGGUUAGGCUGUCUGCUGGCCACCACUACCUCCACCACCCUCCUGCUGCAGCCCGGGGGAGGUCUCGGGGGUGGGCAGACCAUCAACGUGCGGCACCUCAAGGCACCAGCAGGUCUUCUUGGGGGCAUAUCUCGCCUCUCCUCCCUCAUGUUUGGAUCCAUGCCCACACAAGCUCCUGAAGCUAGGCUGGUGAGGGCAGUUGGGGUACCAGGAGCUCAGGGGGAGGAGCGGGCUAUCCUGGUGCUCUCUGCCAACAGCCUGCAGAAGUGGUACCUUGCCCCCAGCCAGGCUGACCAACUGGUGUAUGAGUGUAAUGUGGAGAAGCACAUUCGAGAGAGCUUUGUUGAUCAUGUUUGGGGGCGGGAGCGUGCUGGAGCCACACAGCUGAGGGUGUGGCUGGUGGACAUGCAGCCAGCAGCAGGAGGGUCGGCUGUCAUGGUCCUCACAGCUGCUGUCAACCCUCAAGUGUCACAGCAACUGGUUUAUGCACUGGCCACCAUGGAGACAGGCGGCACCACUCCACCAACCACAGUGAACAAUUUCUCCGUCCUGAAGCAUUCUGAGUACUACCAGGAGUCAGCGGAGAAUGUACUGCUGGCUCAGAGGUUCCUGUUGUGUGGGACCACUGCUUACAUCUACAACAAGAACACUGUGCUCUGUGUCUCAGCAGUGGGUGAAGGCGACAGUGGAGACCGGGUGGAGUUCUCAGGUGCGGGUGACAGUAUCUUGGGUGUCGGCCGGUCUCAGAGGCUGCCACUCUUCUUCUCAGCAACUAAUGGCAUUGUCUCCAUCACGCCCACCACUGCCAAUACUAGUACUCUUGGAGGAAUGGUGAACGAGAGCAUGACAGAGGAGGCAUCCCGGCUGACAGAGGGACUGAACCUGAGUCUUGGUGGGUGGGGAGAGGGUGGAGCAGACCAGGAUAAGACUACAAGGUUCCAGGCAGCAUUCCUUCACUACAACAAAGGCAAUGUAGCUCAGUCGCAGCUGCUGCUUGACGAGCUGUUCCCUGGCUCAGACACUUCACAGCUGGACUCGGCUGUGCUGCAGCUCUCCAUCAACCUCCUGGAUGACUCUCCGGCCACUGACCCACGCUGGGCUGAGGCACUGAAGGGGCCGCUGGAGGCACAGGGGCCAACCUCCCUCAUUGUGCUCAACCAACUGAAGGACAAGACCACUGCCCACCAGUACUUCAUCACCUUCUUGCAGCAGAUGGGACUGUGGCAGCAGCUGAGUGUGGGCAUGAGCGAGACACACGUGGCCACCAGAACAGCCCUGGCAGAGCAUGGACAGAGGCUUGCCUUCGCCACAGCACUGCGCAACAUGCACAAUGAACACCAGGAGCUUGUGGAUGCUGCCAUCAGGCAUGUGGUGGCGGAGCGUGGCGAGGUCCCUAAGAACAAACUGACACACGCUGACCUCUUUUACCGGUGUGUGAGUCAGAUUGAGGACAUCAUCGCCGGGGUGUUGAAGGCGCAGGAGGAGGUCCUCUCGGCAGACGUGGCUCCUCGUGAUCCUGUAGCAACCAUCCACAAUGUCAACAAGCUGCUCCUCUCCCUGCUGCACACUGCCCGGGCCCCCUCCCCCACCAUGCCCCCUUCCACCACCACCACAGACUCCUCACUGGAACAUGUGCCCUGGACUGCCACCAGGGGAAUGAAGGGCACCAGAACACUCCUCCUGCAGCAGCACCAAACCACUGUGCAGGUUGGAUUGGUGAGGGCCGAGGACAGUGCCACAAGGACUAGACUGUACAGCCAACUAGUCAACCUUGCUGACUUCAUCCUGGCCGACUACCAGCCCCACCUGCGCUCCCUGGCUGCCCUGCCCCUGGGCCACGACGCACACCAGGACCUGCUCAAAGAGUAUGGCAAGGACAGAUACAGUCUUAUCCAGCCCCUUGUGGAGGGUGAGCAGUAUGACCAGGCAGUGAGUCUGGCAGAGAAGUACUGUGACUUCCGCACACUGGUGGAGGUGUGUGACCGAACCAACAACCAGGAGAGGCUCACGCAGUACAUGAACAGGUUUGGCUCAGAGGGUUUCUCGGACUUUGUGUUCCGGUGGUACCUUGAGACAGGGAAGCGAGGGAAGCUGCUGUGCCAGGGAGCCGGCCAGCAGGGAGGUGAGCUGGCCAGGUUCCUGCAGGACUACAGCUCCCUGGCGUGGCUGCACCAGAUCAACACCAGGGACUUCACCUCUGCUUGCUCCACCCUCAGACAUCUGGCUCAGGAGGAGAGCACUUACCUCAGCCGGAAAAAGACAUUACUGAGUCUGAGCAAACUGUGUGGCUUAGUGGCUGGUGGUGGUGAUGGCGGUGGUGGUGGCGGGGCAGACACCACCAAUGGCAGCAUGGUGGUGGAGGAUGACUCACUCAGCCUGGAGGAGGAGCUCAUCCACUACCAGGAGCAGCUGCCUGAGUCUGUCCUCUCAGCACACUUCCUUGAUGCUGACACCAUGAGGGUCUUGUCCCCCACCGAGCUGAUUCAUAUGUACACUAGUGAGGACAAUGUGAGUGCCAAUGAGUUCGACUUCAAGAAAGCUUUGGACCUGAUGUCAUUUGUUGGAGAAGAGGAAGCAGAGGAGUUGCGUCGCCUGGUGUGGGUGAGAGCACUGCUGAGGAAUUCCUGGGAGCACCUGGACACAGACAACCCCAUACAGGCCCUCAGUGAAACAACCUUCUUCAAGACAGUGGAGCUGGCAUUCACUCAAGGGUGUGAGAUGAGGGAGCUGCUGGUGCCUGUGGAGGAGCUGCUGACAUGUGAGGAACUGGAAAAGCUGUGCCAGGAUGCUAAUUUCAAGUUCCUUCUGCGUGCCGGCUAUGAACACGUGGAAAAGUUGAUCGGAUAGCAUUAAUGUUUUUACCAGAGCGACUCUCUCUCUCUCUCUCUCUCUCUCUCUCUCUCUCUCUCUCUCUCUCUCUCUCUCUCUCUCUCUCUCUCUCUCUCUCUCUCUCUCUCUCUCUCUCUCUCUCUCUGUCUCUGUUUCUCUCCAGGUCUCCAUCCCUUUUGUAAUGGCUAAAGACACCUUUUUCUAAUAGUCCAUCACAGUGUACCUUUAGACUCAACACACUUGUACAUACUCUGCCUCAAUUAUAGUAAUAAAAAAACAGGUACAACUUGAUUAAUAUAUAUUUUGUACAGUUUACAUAGUCAAGGUUAUUUAUUUUUCACCAUUGAUCCUGUUGAGACUCUUCAUUUACUCUAUUUUUUGGGUCCAGUUACCUGAGAGUUACCUCAUUCAUACACUACACAGCUUAAUUCCCCACCGACGCUGAGAUGAUCUUGGUCUAUCCUGAAUGUUGAUAGUAACUUUAUUUUCUCACUGUGACAAGCAACACCAUAGCACUAGCACCCAUAUUCAACCUUUUCCCUCUCACUAUGGCAAUUUUCCCAGGCCACAGAGACAACUAACUUGGUUUUCAAGGCAGUUUUUCCCUUUUAUAAACUAGAAAGCUUGCCAAUCUAUCAUGAGAACCAUAAAAAUACUCUUAAAAACAUGAGUAUCUUCAAUUAUAGGUACUGGAAGCAAUGGAAUCUUGAUAAACGACAAGAAAAAGAGAUAUUAAAUAAAAUCAGUAAUUUUUAGUGAGUUUAAUGCUAAGAUAUUGCUGAGGAAGGAGAAAAAAGACCUUAGUGGUUCUACAUAUAUUAGGGAAAAUCAGUGAAGAAAAAGCUAUGGAAACUUAAUAAACCACAAGGAAAAGAAAUAUUAAAUGGAAUCAGCAAUUUUUAGCCAGUUUGAUGCUAAGAUAUUUUGAGGAGGGAAGAAAAAAGACAUAGUGUUUAGUUAUUAGGGAAAAUCAAUUAAGAAGCAAUGGAAUCUUGAUAAACCACAAAGAAAAUAGAAAUGAAGGGUUUUCAGCAAUUUUUAGCUAGUUUAAUGCUUAGACUUUGCUGAGUAGGGAUAAAAUAGACCUUAGUUAAUUAAGUUAUAAGAGGAAAUCAACUCAAGGGAAAGUGUUAGUGGCAGUAAGGCUGUUUCUCUUACCUCAGUGUUCAGUAUUGAAUUAAAUGCCAAUACUCAAACUGUAAGGAAUUUUGAUGCUCUAGGAAUGUCUCGGCUAUUUUGCAUUUCUAUUUUGUCUCAUUUUAAUUCAUUGUUUGUAUAUCAUUGAAAUACCUGGACUGUUUCUCAUCUUUUCCUCAUUUUUACUCAUUUUCCUGUGUCUUACUUCUUUGGGGGAUGUAAAUCAGGUGGUAUACACACACACACGCACACACACACACACACACACACACACACACACACACACACACACACACACACACACACACACACACACACACACACACACACACACACACACACACACACACACACUGCAUGUUCUGUAUCCUUAAGCACACUCAACAUUUUGCCAUAACAAUGCAAUUCUCCUUAACAGUGCAAGAUAUGACUAGUGGAUAACCUUUAGCAGUAUGUUAUGUUAAGCCCUUCAGUAUUGGGAUGCAUUUUUACCUUGAGUUUUGGGUAUAAUAGAUGAUUUUAGGAUCAUUAAGAAGGCUCUAUGGAGAUCAGAAGAUUAAUGGCCACAGUCUUCACUAUUCUAUUCCCCCAGACAAGUUUCUAAACAUGUAAAUUAUCAAAUAGUAAGCAGAAUGAAUGUUGAAAUGUGAGUUUUGGAUGUGAUUAGAUAAUUUUAUUGACAUUAGGAAAGGUCUUUGAAGGUCAGAAGAUUAAUGGCCAGAGUCUUCACUGUUCCAUUCCCCUCAGAGUUUCUAAAGCUGUAUAAAAUCACUAAAUAACCAGAAUGAAUAUUGAAGUGUGAGUGUUGGGUGUGAUUAGACCAUUUUAUUCACACUAGGAAAGUUGUAUGGAGGUCAGAAGAUUAAUGGCCAAAGUCUUCACUGUUAUAUUCCCCCCACACAAGUUUCUGAAGCUGUAAAUCACCAAAUAGUAAACAGAAAAGUGGAAACGUGUCCUGGUACUGAAGGGGUUAAGUAAAUUUUGACUAUAGUGUAGUGGGAUGGGGCCAAGUGUAUUUUUAAUAAUAAUAAUGAUAAACAUGU